UCGGCGCCCGCGUUACGUUACUCAAUAAGCAAAUUUUUCAUUAACAAAGUCUUUGUCACCUAUAACCUCGUGAGAAAUAAACUGUUACAUGGCUACGAGAAAGGUAUCAGUCGAACACUCACGGACCUUCUUUUGUCUCUAACCCAGAUAUAAAUAUUGGGCAACGGGGUUAGCAAAUUAUUACAGCACAGUUAGCUGAACAGGAAACAUCUCAACAUGAAGACAGCAAUCAGCCUGUUAUGUGUGGCAGCCUGUGUGGCGGCCGUCCAGGUCGGGUACGUAGCUCCAGCCACGAGUUACGUUUACCGAAGCGAUAAUGGUGGACCAGCCAGCCUCAUCCAGGUUGGAGCGCACGGCUACCAGCAGCCACAAGCAUUUGCGCCUCCUUUACCUAUCGGUCAACCAUUAAAAGCGGUUGAGGCUUACGAUUUGGCACCAAUCCCGUUGCCUUAUGUAGCCGCUAAACCCAUCAUAAUUGAAGAUGCAGAGGAAGAUGAUGAGAGUUCUGAUGAAGGUUCUGAGGAAAGCAGCGAGGAGGAACUGGCUGGGGAAGACGUCGGACACGAAGUUGGUGGUGGCAGUGCUUACGGUGAGGAACAUCAUGCUGCCAAGGGCGAAAAAGGCGCCAAGGGCUACCACAGCCAAGAUCAUCAUGCCAAAGGAAUCGCUGGCAAGUAUGGCAAGGAACAUAAGGAAGGUUACUUCCAUGAAGCUAAAGGAGAAAAGGGUGAGCACCAUGACGAAGCAGACGCUCACGGAAAACAUCACGAAGCCGGAAACAGUUACAAAGGAGGAGAUCAUGGCCACAAGAAACAUUUCAGCAAGGGCGAAGAAGUAACCGGCUACCACAAGGUCUUCCACAAGGACGAGUUCAAGAAAGAUCACGACUUCUACGAUGUGGCCGACAACAGUGGAAACUUCAAAAAGCACGGAUCCCAAGAUGCUCAUCACGGUUCUGAAGCUGGCGGUCACAAGAAGGGAGGACACAGCGACUCAGGCUUUAACAAGGGCGGUUAUGGUAAAUCUGGAUUCCAUGCUAAGGGUGUAGUGGAUGAAGCUGAUCAAGGUCAUUCCUCUGAGGAAGGUGCUGACAGUCAUUACAAGCACCACGAGGACUACGGGAAAAAGGCAGGUGGGGGUCAGGAGAAAGAAUAUGCCUUUGGUGGAGCCGAUGGUGAUUACGAAGAAAACGACAAGCACGACGACGAAGAAUGAAAUUCUAACAUAAUUUAGAUAAAUGUUGAUUAAUUUAUUGCUUGAAUAUUUUGUUAUGUUUGAU